GUACGUUAAGAAUUCCAGGCACGGAGUUUCAAUUUUACUUCUUUUCAGAACCCACCAGAAUAAUUUAUUGUUUUUCUGAAAAUGGAAAGGAAAACCCUAAAACUGUUACAUUUUAGAUGAAGGUAAUCGAAGAAGAAGUCUAAGAAGAAUCUGCAAAUGCUUUUUUCUUGUGCAGAGAGUCGAGAAGCCAUUAUGUGAUUCCUUCAUGUGAUCCCUCAUCCAGGAUUGGAAGAAGUGCUAUAUGAGGAUUUGGAGAUCAAAUAUAAUAUAUAUAUUUUUUUCCAUUCCUCGUGAGCCACUUGUUAUUUCUCCGAAACAAGAGAUCAAAGUGAUCUGAUUACUUUUUUCCCAAUAGGUCGCUGACAGAAAUUAAAAGCACCAAAAAUAUUGAUUUUUUGUUAGGUCUUGAUGAAGCAGGAUCUCAGAUGUCAAAGGAUUCUCAUCCUCUCUUUGCUUUCCGUUUGUGUUGUUGCUCCAAUCGUCAUUGUGUCUAAUAGGCUAAAGAACCUUACCCCUUCUGCUGCACAUAAGGAACUCAUUGAGGAUUUGUCUACCAUUAAAUACAGGGCAGAUACUUUGAAAUUAAACUCCAUUAAGCAGGAAACAGGCCAAGGAUUGAAAGAGCCGACGUUAGUUGUGUACAAAGAUGAAGAACUUAAUUCUGUAGUUAGUGAGAAUUCUUCUGAUCAGAAUCCGAAGCCCAGGGAUAGUGGAAGGGCGAGUUUGUUGGAAAGACAUGGAACUGAUCAUGAUCACCAUCACCAUCAAGAAAAUCAGCGCAGUCAACAGAAGAUUGUUUCAGCUCCUCGUGGAGGAAAGGGAAAGUCUGCCAAAACAACCGUUAGACGAGAAAUGUCUCCCCAGACUCAGAGAGCAACUGAUGAGAAGAUCAGAGAGAUGAAAGAUCAGGUUAUCAGGGCCAAGGCUUUCUUGAACUUUGCACCACCAAAUAGCAAUUCUCAUUUAGUGAAAGAACUGAAAUUUCGAAUAAAAGAGGUUGAACAAGCAGUGGGUGAAGCCACCAAAGAUACAGAUCUGCCUAGGAGAAAACUGUGCAGUGCUUUGCAGAAGAUGAGAUCCAUGGAGACUUCCUUAUCCAAAGCUAGUCGUGUUUACACUGACUGCUCUGCCAUGGCAACAAAGCUCCGCUCUAUGACCUAUAAUGCAGAGGAACAAGUUCGGGCCCAUAAGAGUCAGGCAACAUAUCUUGUUGAGCUUGCUGCCAGGACUACUCCAAAGGGUCUUCAUUGCCUCUCCAUGCGGCUCACUUCCGAUUACUUUGCUCUACUGCCUGAGGAACGAGAGCUCCCCAACCAACACAAACUGCAUGACUCGGAUCUUUAUCAUUUUUCUGUUUUCUCUGAUAAUGUCCUCGCAUGCACAGUGGUUGUUAAUUCCACCAUAUCAUCAUCUAUGGAACCAAGGAAAAUUGUUUUUCAUGUGGUGACCGAUGCCCUCAACCUCCCAGCAAUUACAAUGUGGUUCUUGUUAAACCCCCCUGGUGAAGCCACCAUCGAGAUUCAGAGCAUGGACAACUUUGAAUGGUUGUCCUCUAAAUACAAUUCAACAUUAAGAAAUCAAUACUCUCCGGAUCCAAGAUACUCUUCCGCGCUGAACCAUCUCCGUUUCUAUCUGCCAGAGGUCUUCCCUGAGCUGAACAAAGUUGUGUUUCUUGACCAUGAUGUGGUGGUACAGAAGGAUUUGAAGGAGUUGUGGAGGGUCAAUAUGAAAGGGAAAAUAAAUGGUGCAGUGAUGACUUGUCAGGAGGGUGAACCAUCAUUUUAUCGGAUGGAUCUGCUUAUUAAUUUUUCGGAUCCAACCAUUUCGAAGACGUUUGAUGCCACAGCAUGCACUUGGGCAUUUGGUAUGAAUCUGUUUGACCUUCAAGAGUGGAGGAGGCAAGACUUGACAGCUGUUUAUCAUGAAUAUCUGCAAUUGGGCAACCGUAGACAGUUGUGGAAAGAUGGAAGUUUGCCUCUGGGUCUGGUUACCUUCUACAACAGAACAGUGCCUCUAGACCCAAGAUGGCAUAUUCUUGGGCUUGGGAGUGACUUGGGUGUACGGAGGAGUGAGAUUGAAAGGGCAGCUGUAAUCCAUUAUGAUGGAAACAUGAAGCCCUGGUUGGAUAUUGCAAUUGCACAGUACAAGGGCUAUUGGACCAAGUAUCUCAAUUAUGAUGAUCCUUACUUGCAACACUGCUAUAUCCAUGAGUAAUUGGUAUUUAACAUGGAGAACAAAUGUCUCUUCUUCCCCUACUUCUGUGACUGCGGAUGUAAUACGGUGACCAGCGCAAAAUUCUUCUUACACGGCAUUUUUGUCAUAGUAACCACGACAAAUACUUAAUUCUUUCCACUCUUCUAGGAAUUCUUUCCACUCUUCUAGGCUCUUUCAUGUAAAUUAAUUUCAUUCCAUUAUAUUCUAAAUAUCAUUUGUCAUUUCUUCUCAUGGCCAUAAUCCUCUAGAGUUGAGUCAAAAUUUAAAUUAAUAAAUGUAGAAGGAAUAAUGAGUUCACGGGGGUAAUUUUUGUAAUGCUACUGGUUCAAUGUACAAAAGAUAUUUCAGAUAUUCUUGAUUGAUUAAAGCCACUUAUUCUUGCUUGGAGUUAA